CAGAGCACGUGAACUUAACCACUCGGCCACGGGGCCAGCACCCAGAGGUUACUUUUUAAAUGGAGGAAUUAAGACGAUUACCAUUAUCACUUGUGGGCAGGUGACUGGCCCCAUGAUUUCAUCCUCAACCAGUGCAGACUUAGGCAUAGCAUGCCUGUUACAGAAUACCAACAAUUCCAUCUGGUUUGGGGAACUGAAUAGUUUCAACAACUGAAGGUUAACCUUUGCUUGGAUGAUAGACAAAGUAAAGGAGCUGAAAGGGAGGGCACAGUAUGAAGGGUAAACAGACUGAAAAGGAUAAGGUUUCUCAAUAUGGGAGAUGGUUUUAUAUCAGUCUAGAAGAGUGAUCUACAAGAAGAAUAUCUGGAGUAAUUCUGAUCAAGUAGUGCAGGCUUCAGCUAGACUUCCAAUGGCUCAUCUACGGGAUGGAUGGGUAAAGAGCACUAUUGGAGAACGAGUGGCUUCUGAAGAGGCAGCUGUUGAAUGUUCUCUCACCAGGCAAUUGUUUGGUAAUUGUUUUGAUUAAUGAGAUUGUGCAGUAGAAGGGCAAACAAAGCUGAGGCUGCUAAACUGACCAGGAAAACACGUUUUUUCCCUUGUAUUGAAGAGCAUGUGCUGUGUAGAGCAAGAGACACUGGCGUGCCCAGCCAACCUUCAUUGGCAUCUGGUUGGUUGCUAAUUUUAGGAAGCAUUUGAUUAGUAUUUGGCAAGUUAUGGUCAGGAAUUCCUUCAUUUGCCUUUUUCCCCCACUGGGAAGACCCUUUUGAAGUGAUAUCUCUGUAUUUGGUUUUCCAAGAAGUUAGACUUCUUGAUAAUAACCCAAUAGAAUGCUGCUGCUAUUAAUAGUUAUCAAGUGGGUAUUUAUCACAUGGAGAAAUAAGGGAGGCAAUAUAAUAUAUUGGUUAAGGGCUGAGCCCUGGAAUCAAACUCCUGGGUUUGAUUCCUCAUUGUAUCAUUUACAAGCUUUGUGAUUUUGAGUAAGUCACUUAACCUUUCUAGGCCUCAGUUCUCAUCUAAAAAAUGGGAAUAGUUAGUGCUCCAUCUAUGCUCCAUCUAUAUUAGCUGCUGUUGUUAACACCGUUGUUGUUGUUGAUUUCCUUAGCUGACCAAUGACUGUGGGAAGAGUGCAAGGUCUGUGGUACCAGCACAUCGGCCCCUUCCUGGGACCUUCUCACAUCAAGUAUGUUGAGUGAGAUAAAUGAGUAAACCAAAUAUCUUAGUGGCGUGAGACAUUUGCCAUCUGUAACUUCAAUUUUUCUCCUCAGCAGCAGCUUCCCAGUGAGUAUUGGUGACUUCAGUUCAUUCUUUCUAAUGCAUAUUUUUUUCUGGGUCACUACCUGUGAAGUCAAGGUUUUUAGCUUAACAGUGUGGCUAGAUAAACAUUUAUUGAUUCUUUUCCAUUACCAAGAGCUGUUAGCUAAGAGAUCUGACCUGUCACAAAUGGAGGAAUUUGUUCCAACGUUCUUGAAAUCUCCCUGACCAGGACAAAGUUUAGUCUUAAGACAGUGCCACAGAGGAGCAGGAAGUCAUGGAGUUAUACUGCUGGGUUGAGGAGAAAACGACGAAAGAGAAAAGCCUGAGAGUAGACAUUUGCAGAGCAGCUCACCCGGUUGAAAGUUGGCAUUGUUUUACACCCAACAUCUCAGAAGAUUUUCCUCGCCUGAGUGGGCUUGGUGGAGCACUGGCUUGAGAGUGUUGCUUAGCAACAAGAUUUUGUGGCACCCAAUUCUCAAAGAGUCAAGCAACCCAUCAGUUCCGCCUCCCCCUCCACCAACCCUCAGCUGCCAUCCCGAGCUUCCUAUUAGAGAAGUGUGUGCUGGAGGGAGGGACCAGAGAGAGGGGGCGAAGUUUAAUCAUUGAACUAAGCAGCCUGGAAGUAUUUAAUCUGUAGCACCAGUUCCCCCGGAGGUCUGCAGCCUGAACUGGAAGUGGGCAGCGCCCCGGGGCCGUGGAGUAAACACCUCCCAGAAAUCUCUGCCCAUCUCAGGAGAAAACAAACUUGGGGAAAAUGUUUGCGGUACACUUGAUGGCAUUUUACUUCACCAAGCUGAAGGAGGAUCAGAUCAAGAAGGUGGACAGAUUCCUGUAUCACAUGCGGCUCUCCGAUGAGACCCUUUUGGACAUCAUGGCUCGGUUCCAGGCUGAAAUGCAGAAGGGGCUGGGGAAGGACACCAACCCCACAGCCUCAGUGAAGAUGCUGCCCACCUUUGUCAGGGCCAUUCCAGAUGGCUCAGAAAAUGGGGAGUUUCUUUCCCUGGAUCUUGGAGGAUCCAAGUUUCGAGUCUUGAAGGUGCAAGUCUCUGAAGAGGGGAAACGAAACGUCCAGAUGGAAAGUCAGUUCUACCCAACACCCAAUGAAAUUAUCCGAGGGAAUGGCAUCGAGCUGUUUGAGUACGUAGCUGACUGUCUGGCAGACUUCAUGAACACCAAAGGAUUGAAGCAUAAGAGGUUGCCCCUCGGCCUAACCUUUUCUUUUCCCUGCAGGCAGACUAAACUGGAAGAGGGUGUCCUGCUUUCAUGGACGAAGAAGUUUAAGGCACGGGGAGUUCAGGACACAGAUGUAGUGAGCUGUCUGACCAGGGCUAUGAAAAGACACAAGGACAUCAAUGUGGACACCCUGGCCUUGGUCAAUGACACCGUGGGGACCAUGAUGACGUGCGCCUAUGACGAUCCCUACUGCGAAGUUGGUGUCAUCAUUGGCACUGGCACCAACGCGUGCUACAUGGAGGACAUGAGCAACAUAGACCUGGUGGAAGGUGACGAGGGCAGGAUGUGCAUCAACACGGAGUGGGGGGCCUUUGGGGACGAUGGGGCCCUGGAAGACAUCCGCACCGAGUUCGACCGGGAGUUGGACCUCGGCUCUCUCAACCCCGGGAAGCAACUGUUUGAGAAGAUGAUCAGUGGCCUGUACCUGGGCGAACUCGUCAGGCUCAUCUUGCUGAAGAUGGCCAAGGCAGGCCUCUUGUUUGGUGGUGAGAAAUCCUCUGCUCUCCACACUAAGGGCAAGAUUGAAACACGGCACGUGGCUGCCAUGGAAAAGUAUAAAGAAGGCCUUGCCAAUACAAGAGAGAUCCUGACGGAUCUGGGCCUUGAGCCUUCGGAGGCCGACUGCAUUGCGGUCCAGCACGUCUGCACCAUCGUCUCCUUCCGCUCAGCCAAUCUCUGUGCAGCGGCCCUGGCAGCCAUCCUGACGCGCCUCCGGGAGAACAAGAAGCUGGUGCGGCUCCGGACCACGGUGGGCAUGGACGGCACACUGUACAAGAUACACCCUCAAUACCCGAAACGCCUGCACAAGGUGGUGAGGAGACUGGUCCCGAAUUGUGACGUCCGCUUCCUCCUGUCAGAGAGUGGCAGCGCCAAGGGGGCUGCCAUGGUGACAGCGGUGGCCUCCCGAGUGCAGGCUCAGCGGAAGCAGAUUGACAAGGUGCUGGCUUUGUUUCGGCUGACGCAAGAGCAGCUUGUGGGUGUGCAGGACAAGAUGCGGGCUGAGCUCGAGUAUGGGCUGAAGAGGGACACCCACUCCCUGGCCACAGUCAAGAUGCUGCCCACCUAUGUCUGUGGGAUGCCGGAUGGCACAGAGAAAGGAAAGUUCCUUGCCCUGGAUCUGGGGGGAACCAACUUCCGGGUCCUCCUGGUGAAGAUCAGAAGCGGACGGAGGUCGGUGCGAAUGUACAAUAAGAUCUUCGCCAUCCCCCUGGAGAUUAUGCAGGGCACCGGCGAGGAGCUCUUUGACCACAUUGUGCAGUGCAUCGCGGACUUCCUGGACUACAUGGGCCUCAAGGGAGCCCAGCUGCCUUUGGGCUUCACCUUCUCGUUUCCCUGCAGGCAGGCGAGCAUUGACAAGGGAACACUCAUUGGGUGGACCAAAGGCUUCAAGGCCACUGACUGUGAAGGAGAAGAUGUAGUGGACAUGCUCAGGGAAGCUAUCAAGAGGAGAAAUGAAUUUGACCUGGACAUAGUUGCAGUCGUGAAUGACACAGUGGGGACCAUGAUGACCUGUGGCUAUGAAGAUCCUAAUUGUGAGAUUGGCCUGAUUGCGGGAACAGGCAGCAACCUAUGCUACAUGGAGGAGAUGAGGAACAUCGAACUGGUAGAAGGGGACGAAGGGAAGAUGUGCAUUAACACAGAGUGGGGAGGAUUUGGAGAUAAUGGCUGUAUAGACGACAUCCGGACCCAAUAUGACAAGGAGGUGGACGAGGGGUCCUUGAAUCCUGGCAAACAGAGAUACGAGAAAAUGACCAGUGGGAUGUAUCUGGGAGAGAUCGUGCGGCAGAUCCUGAUUGACCUGACCAAGCAGGGUCUCCUCUUCCGUGGGCAGAUUUCAGAGCGUCUCCGAACCAGGGGCAUCUUUGAAACCAAGUUCCUGUCGCAGAUCGAAAGUGAUCGGCUGGCCCUCCUCCAGGUCAGGAGGAUCCUGCAGCAGCUCGGCCUGGACAGCACGUGUGAGGACAGCAUCGUGGUGAAGGAGGUGUGCGGAGCUGUGUCCCGGCGGGCGGCCCAGCUCUGUGGCGCUGGCUUGGCCGCCAUUGUAGAGAAAAGGAGGGAAGACCAGGGGCUCGAGCGCCUGAGGAUCACCGUGGGCGUGGAUGGCACCCUGUACAAGCUGCACCCGCACUUUUCUCGGAUAUUGCAGGAAACUGUGAAAGAACUAGCCCCUCGAUGUGAUGUGACAUUCAUGCUGUCAGAAGAUGGAAGUGGAAAGGGAGCAGCUCUGAUCACUGCUGUGGCCAAGAGAUUACAGCAGGCAUGGAAGAACUAGCAGUCCCUCGAGGUUGGGCUGAUGCACCUUGGGUACUGACCAGCCCUGCCGCUGGCAGAUGAGUUGGUCAGGGACCAACAGGCAAGCUUCUGGCUGACUUCACCUUCUGGAUGGCUGAAAGAGAACCCCAGGUUCUCGGGCACUCUUAGCAUUUUGUUACUGCUUUUCAAGGGCAUUAAAUGGCAUCUCUAUUUGGCAUAUUUGGGCCAAAGAUGAGCCAACUUGUAAAAUCAAAUUGUUGGACCCAAGAGAUCCCCUUUUAGCAAAGUUUUCAGCUGAGGCCUGAGCUGUUAGUUCUCGCUGGCUUUGGGUCCCGCGGCUGCUGGACUCGGAAGCAUAUACGUGAUCUGCCCAUGUGACCUGACUGGCUGAGUUCCCCACUGGGAUGCUUCAGCCAUCGCUUGGCCGGGAUUGGGCCCUCUACUUGUGGAUGAACAGUGGAGAGGGAUAGAGACUCAUGCAACAAACUGGAGAUCUAAUCUAACGUGACCUUAACUUGUCAUGUCGACUUCAAAUGUGAAGAGAA